GCUCGGUCGCAGGCGCCAAAUGCUAUCCGACGUGUCUCUUCCCUCGACCAGGCCACGAUCAAGGCGCCUUCGAAAUCGAACCGCGUUGACUACCUUUCACAUUUCGAUAUCACUUUCACGAUACGGGACAGGGAACAACGGGUAAAACUUGAGUUGGAACCGAAUCAUGAGAUCCUUGCCCACGAUGCCUACGUACAAUAUCUUGGACCAGACGGGAAGGUCCAUACCGAAGAGCCUAUUAAACGGGACCAACACAGGGUCUUCAAAGGGAGGACUUUGGUUGGCAGAGGGAGAGGGCAAGGGAUGUGGGAUCCUGUAGGAUGGACCAGAGUGUACAUCAAGCAGGAUGGUCCACAACCGCUCUUUGAAGGUGUUUUCAAUAUACACGGCGACAACCACCAUGUCCAGCUGCAGUCGAGUUAUUUGCUACAAAAGCGCCCUCAGGAUAUCGAGAUUCCUCAACAAAAAGAAGACUACAUGGUAUUUUACCGUGACUCUGACAUGCUACGACCUGCCGAAGUUCCAACACAUUCGGAUCUCAAACGGUCUUUGCCUACCGACGACCAAUCCGAGCUCGAAGCCCGGUGGACCAUGGCUGGCUCUACGUGUCAUGCCGACAAACUUGGUUUCAAUACAAACCCUGAUCAUCCCGUCCUUAAUUCGUUUACGGAGCAGAAGAAGAGCAGCUGGGCCUCUAUGCCAAUGGCGGAUCUCUUUGGCUUUGGUCUGAGUAAACGCCAAGACGACAUUGGCACCGUGUCUGGAGGAAACAGCGGUGGUGUCAAUCUGGAAUCAACAAUUGGUGAUUCAAGUGGUUGCCCGAGUACAAUGCGGGUGGCUUUGAUUGGUGUUGCGACGGAUUGCUCUUUUUGGGAGAAACACGAUUCCAGGGAUGAUGUCCAGAAAGCAGUCGUAAACAUUGUCAAUAGCGCCUCAAAUGUCUACGAAGACGCCUUCAAUAUCUCCCUCGGCCUGCGAAACUUGACCAUCACAGACAAAGAAUGCUCGGACAACCCUUCGUCCGCCGCAGCAUGGAAUAUUCCAUGCUCGCAGGGCAACAUUACGUCCCGGUUGGAUCUCUUCUCUGAAUGGCGAGGAUCACAAUCCGAUGACAACGCUUAUUGGACCUUGAUGACCGACUGUAACACGGGCUCCGAGGUUGGGCUGGCGUGGCUGGGCCAGCUAUGCAAUACUGAUGUUAGCGACGAUGGCACCAGCAAGGUCAGUGGUACCAAUGUCGUCGUAUCGACUGGCGCCGCUGGAUGGCAGAUUUUUGCCCACGAGUCCGGCCAUACUUUCGGAGCGGUCCACGACUGCACGUCCCAAACAUGCAGCUCAAGCCAGCAGGAUUCGUCAAGUUGCUGUCCCCUGAGCAAAUCCUCAUGUGAUGCUAGCGGAGAUUACAUUAUGAAUCCCAGCACCGGCCAGGAUAUAACCAAGUUCUCGCCAUGCACAAUCGGUAAUAUUUGUUCAGCAAUUGGCCGUAACAGUGUCAAAUCAAACUGCCUGUCUGAUAACAAAGGUAUUGUCACUUUUACUGGUGCUCAGUGCGGGAAUGGCAUUGUUGAGGCCGGAGAGGACUGCGAUUGUGGUGGGAGUGAGAACUGCGGUGACAAUCAAUGCUGCGAUCCGGGUACCUGCAAGUUCAAGGACGGUGCAACUUGCGAUGAUACCAACGAUGACUGCUGCGUUUCAUGCAAGUUUGCCUCAGCCGACCACAUCUGCCGCCCCAGCACCGGUGAAUGUGACAUUGAAGAGAAAUGCACUGGCGAUUCUGGCACUUGCCCAAAGAAUACCUAUAAAGAAGAUGGAGACAGUUGUGGUGACAACGAUUCUGGCUUGACAUGUGCUAGUGGUCAAUGUACAAGCCGCGACGCGCAAUGCGAGAGCUACAUGGGGUCCGUUACAGGCAGCAACAACACGCGUGCAUGCAACGACGGGCCCUUCCCCGUUUGCCAGAUGUGGUGCCAGGCCGAUAGUUCGUUCAUGUCUCAACAGUGCACGGGCAAUUCCCAAAACUAUCUCGAUGGUACACCGUGCGACAGAGGAGGCCACUGCAAAAACGGAAAUUGCGAGGGAUCGAAGAGUUGGAUUGAGGCACACAAGAACAUUAUUAUUCCCGUUGUUGCGGCCGUGGGAGGGUUGAUUGUCCUAGCAAUCCUAAUGUGCCUCUUUAGACGGUACCGCCGAAACCGCAACACCAUGAAGCCCAUGCCUGCAGCUACCGGGUACAGCCCCUGGCCGCGCCCGAUGCCUCCACCACAGCAAACCCCGAUGCGGAGACUAUCAAGAUCACCAGGACCAGGCUAUGGUCAAGUACCGCAAGCUCCAUUUUCAGGACCCGGCCAAGGCCCUCCACGAGGGCCAAUCCCCUCUCCCUACCCCGGAUAUCAGGGUCAGACGCCAUAUGACGUGCCGCCUCCCUAUUCACAGACAGUGCGCUAUGCAUAA